AUGGCUUUCUCUAAUAUUGCCUGGAAGGACAUUUCCCUCAUAUCCCUUAGCUUCUCCAUUUGCUUCUUCAUUCAUCGCUUCGCUAUCGAGCAUCUUUACAAUGAUCUCGCUAGACUGCCUACCAUCAGGUAUAAAUGGUUUCUUCCCGACUUCAUCAACAAAUUCGCCUUCUGCUUCAACGCCCAGGACCAGAUCGUUCGUGGAUACAUCAAGCACAAGGACCGAGCAUUCCGACUUCUGACUACUGACGGUGACUUGGUCGUGUUACCGCUCAAAUAUCUGUGGGGAAUUGAACAAGUGCCAGCAAACAAAUUGAGUGCUUUCCGGGCACGACACAGGAAUCUCCUGGGCGAAUACACCGAAGUGGUUGGAGGAAGUGCAAAUGUCUCGCGUGCAAUCGAACAGCUGAACCAACAGAAUCGCCUGCGUAUAGCUGCCCAGUUCAGCGAUGAGUUCCACAAGGCGCUCUGUAUCGAAGUUCCAAGAUGCCAGUACAAAUGGAUCUCCCCAAACAUCUACAAGCUCGUCCUCAAACUCGUCAGCCGUGCCACCGCGCGCUUCACCGUCGGCGAUGACCUCUGCCGCAAUGGGCUCUGGCUCGAAGCCGUCCCCUCCUACACGACCGAUAUCCUCGCGACCAUCAUCCUCCUGCGUCCUGUACCCCAGUUCCUCCGACCCAUCGUGGCACGAGUUCUCCCCAGCUUGCGACGGGCUCGCAAACAAGCGCGCUGGGCUCAGCAAGAGCUCCUCAUCCCUAUGAUCGAGUCGCGUCGAUAUAAGGAAGUGAACGAGACGGACUACCAGAAGCCCGACGACCUCCUACAGUGGAUAAUGGACACAGCAGAAAGUAACUUCGAUCGAGACCCCGCGAACAUCGCCAAAGCCUUGAUGUCAACUAUCGCCCUAUCAAUCGUGCAUCCCAUCACCAAUCUCGUCACCCAUGCUGUGUAUGAUGUCCUAAUGCAGACCCCGUAUAUCGGUCCUCUUCGCGCAGAGAUCGAGGAGAUGCUCGACCAAGGUGAGCUCGACGCCGACGAACUCAACCUCGUCUCCCGAUCACACCAGCAUCUCAUGGACGGUUUUCUGCGAGAAUCCCUAAGAUGGAACCCACUCAGCGAGCUGAACCCCCAAUACAUCCUAACCCAACCGCACACCUUCGCCGACAGCACCCCAGCCCUCACCCUCCCCUCCAACACCCGAAUCUGCUUCCCCGCCGGUCCUCUCUCGCGAGAUCCAGCUUUCAUCCCGCACGCCCAUCGCUUCGACGCCUUCCGUUGGACCCGCGACCCCCGCGAGGUCCUGCCCAUCCUCCCCGCGGAAGCGGCUGACCCUCGCAUCCGCCAUGCUGUUGCUUUCCACGCCGGGUUGGCUCAUAUCAGCCCUGUCAACCUGCACUUCGGUUGGGGACGCGCUGCGUGUCCUGGCCGGGACCUGGCGGUGCGCAUAGCGUCCGCAGCGCUCAGCCAGCUGCUGGUGCAGUAUGAUAUGCGGUUCUUUCCGGGGCAGGUUGCAAGACCACUGAAUACUUGGGUUGGGGAGAUGGGCUUGCCGAGUCGUGGGUUCAGGGUGUUGAUGAGGGAGAGGGGGAGGAGUGAAUGA